AUGGCGGCCAUAGAAGCGUUAGACGUCGCACGACCGAGAGAAAGGAGGCUGUUUCGACAAAGAAAGGGGUUCAGUGAUCUUAGAGACGCUGAAAUAUUGAGUCGCUAUCGAUUAGAUCGACAAUCCAUUUAUCGGCUUGUCGAUUUGUUAAGGGACGAUCUACAAAAACCGACGAGAAGAUCGAAGUCCAUACCUGUCCUAACGCAGGUGCUUGUGAGUCUAAGGUACUUGGCGAAAGGUGAUUUUCUGUCUGAGGUUGCUGACCUUCAUGGAAUUAGCAGGUCCAGUGCAUGCAAUAUUAUUGCAGCCUUUGUUGAUGCUGUUAAUUUAAGAAUUGAUAAUGUAAAGUAAGCAUGUUUGUUUUAAAUUCAUAUUAAAACUUAUUAAUGAGUUAAUAUUUAUUGAAAACUUUCAAAGAACUGGUUUUAAUAUUAAAUUACU